AGAAAAAAAAAGUUACUUGAGUGUCGACCGUGACAGGACUCGAACCUGCAAUCUUCGGAUCCGAAGUCCGACGCCUUAUCCAUUAGGCCACACGGUCGCUUGUGCCAAGCGCGCUUAAACUGGAAAACAUUUGAUACGUGCGCACGCAAGCCAACAGCACAGGGGUGGAUUUACUUUAUAGAGCAAAUAAAAAGGUUAUCGUCGGGUGGUUUUGCAAAUACAAGCGAACAAUAACUAAAACGUAAAUAUAAGUAUGAAGCCCAGCACUCGACGUCGCAGUUUCAAGACGAAACCCCCCAAAUCGAAUGUGUAUAACCCGCUGGUUCGCUAUCGCCCGACGGCCUAUGUGCGAAAUGGCAUUAUUGGGGGCGGCGAGGGCCCCGGCUCUAGUGGCCUAUACCAGAUCAACGACAGGGUCUAUACCACCAGCAAGAUGUUCCUACGCGAUGGCUACAUGUAUCCCCGUCAGCCCGGUCAGCCCAUGGAUCCCCGCUACCCCCUCGAACUGCAUGAAUUCCCCCAGCAAUUCGGAGCCACGGGUCUGCAGUUGGUCAGUACACCCAAGGUGCAUAUAGCCGGGGAAUAUCUGGCCAACGAACAGCAGCAGCAGCAGCAGCAGCAGCAUCAGCAGCAACAUCAGCAGGUGCAGGAGCAACAGCAAUUGGGCAGAAGAAAGGCCGCUGCAGCGGCUGAAAUAAAUUUGGCAAAUCAGGUUUAUUGGCUGGGCAAGCAGAAGUCCAGAUCCAGAUCCCGCAGCAAUAGUGUGGGCAAUCGCAGCAUUACCAGCUGCAUGGGCAGCGGUGGAGGGGGUGGCGAAAGGGAGAGGGAACGCGAAAAGGAUCGAGAUCGUCCCUAUAAACGCAAUGUGGACGAUCUUCUGCAGGCGCUGGGCAAAAGGGAUGGGGAUACCAACGGCAAUCUGCUCGAAACUGCAUCCACACAUUCUUCAACGCAACGAAGACGCUUUAAGAAGGGUGAUCGAACCACCUGGGAAUACCACACAGUGGCGGUGACUCGGGUGCCGGGCUAUGGAUUCGGCAUCGCCGUUUCCGGUGGACGUGAUAAUCCGCACUUCGCCAACGGCGAUCCCUCGAUAGCAGUUAGCGAUGUGCUGAAAGGUGGCCCCGCCGAGGAUCGAUUGCAAGUCAACGAUCGGAUAAUAUCGGUGAACGGCGUCAGCCUGGAGAACGUGGAGUAUGCGACGGCGGUGCAGGUGUUGCGGGAUAGUGGCAACACGGUGCAACUGGUGGUCAAGCGGCGCGUGCCCCUGAAUCCCAUUAAUCCCGGCGGCGGAGCAGUGCAGCAUCAGCAUUCGCAUAGCCUCAGUUCGGUGGGUCUGGUGGCCAAUGGAGGUGGAGGAGUGGUGGGUGCGCCCACCCCGCUGACGAGCCUCAGUCAACCCAACUCGCUGAACUCCUCGCUGGUGCAGAAUGCCAGCGGUGGGCAGCCCAUCAAGGUGACUCUAACGAAGGGCGGCAAGAAGGAUGACUACGGAGUGGUUCUGGGCUGCAGGCUCUUCGUCAAGGAGAUCUCCUCCAAGGCACGCGAGCAGCUGAAUGCCAAUGGUUAUAGUCUGCAGGAGGGCGACAUCAUCACCCGCAUCCACAACACCAAUUGCGGCGAUACGAUGAGCUUGAAGGAGGCCAAAAAGAUCAUCGAUGGCUGCAAGGAGCGAUUGAAUCUGGUCGUCCUGCGGGACAUCACCAACCAAGCAGCUGUUAGUCAACUGAAUCUGAACAACUCAUCGGUGAGCCAUCAGGCGGCGGCGGGAAAUAUAUACGCCAGUCAUCAGCCUCAGGUUUCCGGAUGCAGCAGCAGCAACAACAACCUGGAGGAUCCCUAUCUGCCGGGCGGAGCCAGUUACUCCUCGCAGAAUCUCUACGUCCAGCCGCCUACGCGCACCUCAAAUGGUCCGCCGACCAUGAAUGGCAAUGGUUUGAACGAGGAGAAGAGCAAUCUCACGCCGCGCGGUCGCUCGCGGGGACCCAUAAUGGAUGGGGUAUCGCUGCAGCAGCUGGACAGACCGGUGACCCCGACAAGGGGCAGAAGUGCCGGCGGUGGCAUCGAUGAGCCGCCGCGUCCACCGCCGCCGCGAGGAACUAGUGGCGGAGCGGCCCAGGAGGAUUUCUACAGCUCGCGGAGGCAACUGUACGAGGAGCGACAGAGCGCCGAGCCGCGAUUCAUUUCCUUCCAGAAGGAGGGAAGCGUGGGCAUCCGCUUGACCGGCGGCAAUGAGGCCGGCAUCUUUGUGACUGCCGUACAGCCAGGAUCACCGGCAUCGCUGCAGGGCCUGAUGCCCGGCGACAAGAUCCUCAAGGUCAACGACAUGGACAUGAACGGAGUGACGCGCGAGGAGGCCGUGCUCUUCCUGCUCAGCCUGCAGGAUCGCAUCGAUCUGAUUGUGCAGUACUGCAAGGAGGAGUACGACGAGGUGGUGACCAACCAGCGCGGCGACUCCUUCCACAUCAAGACGCACUUCCAUUGCGACAAUCCCUCCAAGGGCGAGAUGGCCUUCAAGGCGGGCGAUGUCUUUCGGGUGAUCGAUACGCUGCACAAUGGUGUGGUGGGCUCCUGGCAGGUGCUGAAGAUCGGUCGGGGUCACCAGGAGAUGCAGCGUGGCGUGAUACCGAACAAGUCGCGGGCCGAGGAACUGGCCACGGCCCAGUUUAAUGCCACCAAGAAGGAGAUGAAUGCCAACGAAUCGAGGGGCAACUUCUUCAGGCGACGACGCUCAACGCAUCGUCGCUCGAAGAGCCUCUCCCGCGAGAACUGGGACGAUGUGGUCUUCUCCGACAGCAUCUCCAAAUUCCCCGCCUACGAGCGUGUCGUCCUGCGCCAUCCUGGCUUCGUGCGACCUGUGGUGCUCUUUGGACCCGUUUCCGACCUGGCCCGCGAACGCUUGGCCAAGGAUUUCCCCGACAAGUUUUCCACUCCUCUCCAAAAUGAAGACGACAAGUCGGCGGGAACUAGUGGAAAGUGCCGCAUCGUACGACUAUCGAAUAUUCGCGAUGUGAUGGAUCGCGGAAAGCAUGCCCUCCUCGAUAUCACACCCAAUGCGGUGGAUCGGCUGAACUACGCCCAGUUCUAUCCGGUGGUCAUCUUCCUGAAGACGGACAGCAAGCACGUGAUUAAGCAGCUGCGCCACGGACUCCCCAAGGCGGCCCACAAGAGCUCCAAGAAGCUGCUGGAGCAGUGCCAGAAACUGGAGCGCGUCUGGUCGCACAUCUUCAGCACCCAGAUCGCGUUGAGCGACGAGGAGUCCUGGUACCGAAAGUUGCGCGAUUCGAUCGAUCUGCAGCAGAGCGGCGCCGUCUGGAUGUCCGAGUCCAAGCCCGUAGAAUCCCUCUCCGACGAUUUCCUAUUCCCCAUGACCACAUCCCGACUCUCGUAUGCAUCAAGUCCCGAAUCCGAUUUGGAACUGAGUCCCGGCCCAUCCGCAUCAUUGUCGCUUGGCAAUUUGCCGCAGUUGGUUAAAGCGAGCUCAGAUCCAUCGAUUGCCACUAAUCAGGAUAACUUGGAUAGGGAUAGAGACAUAAUUGGUGAAGGACUACCACCUCCAUAUACGGUACCCUACGACCAUGGUGUCCCCGCGAAUCCCAAUCGCCGCCAGACGAUGGACUCCAGCAAGUACAGCAUCUACGGCACCAAUGUGCCACCGCAGCCGCAGCAGCCCGGCAGCGGAGGAGCAGGAGGAGAUCCGAGUGCGGUGAGGCCACAAUCCCUCUACGGGAUCAAUGCCCCCGAUCUGCCGCCUCGCAUCGAUCGUCAGUCGAAGCCGGGGGAUAUGCCCCUGAACACCUCGGGCUCGUCGUCGCGAAACGGAACCCUGGGUCGCAGUGCCCAGGAGCGUCUGUUCGGCAAGGCUGUGGUUCAGGACGACGUCCAGGCGGAGUACAUUACCCGAAAUGCUCUCGUUGGCUCCGUGGGAGCAGUCGAAUCCCUGGAUCGCCAGCAGCAGCAAACGCAUGCCUCCUUGGAGCGUCAGGCCCGCUUGAAUGCCCAACUAAAGGCCAACGGAGGCGGAGGAGGCACUGGAGGAGGUGCGUCCACGUAUGACAGUGUGUCCAGCUACGAUUCGUACAACAAUACACAAAUGGCCAUGCAGAACCUGGGCCGACUGGGUCCCAAUGCACCCGACGAUCUCAAAUCAGUGCCAAAUGCAAGUGGUCGCCCCUUGCCUCCGGUGGGUCAGUCGCACGACUACGGACGUACACCCCACGAUCAUCGCAGUUUUGGCGGACCCAACGAUCUGAACCGCCAGAGCAGUCCAGGCAGACCCCAUUAUCAUGAGAUGAACGCGUCCCGUAAUAUUGAUCCACGCAAUGGCACUCCACAACGUCCCUCGAAUCUGGGCCUAGAAAGCAGCCCUCGCAAGCCUUUGGUGGAGACAAAAACGGAUUACGGCAAAUACAGUCGCAACAACUCGGUCACUCAAGCGGAUUACACAAAGCUGCCGAAGACGGCGCCACAUGGAGUGGUUCCUCCUCCGAAUGUGCCCAAUGGACAGAACCAGAUGAACGGCAGCGGAACGCCCAGCAGCAAUGGCAGUGGACCCUUCAAGCCGGUGCCACCGCCGAAACCCAAAAACUAUAGGCCACCGGUGCAAAGUGGUGGCAGCAGCGGUAGCGGAGGCACUACUCCUUGGGAGAAUGGGGACUCCGGCUCGCCACGUUCCCCCAAUGGCUUCUAUUAUCCGCCAACGCCCUCGCAUCAUCACUACGGCCAGCAGGCAACUCCGGGUUCUCCCAGCAAUGGACACAUGCAACCACCGCCGCCACCGCAGCAGCAGCAACCCACUUAUGGAGGCAGCAACGGCAACUACGGACAGGCACCACCGCCACAAGCGUAUCCGCAGGCAAACGGCUACAAUGGCAACAGUCACCACUACAACGGAGGCAGUGGCACAGGUCCCUACAUUGCACCACAUCGCGGCAUGCCACCGCCAAUAGGAAACCUUCCACCUCACACCCCCGAACGACAUGCCCUGGAUUUGGCCGGAAGUAGGGAGCAACGUGGCUCGGCCUUUGAACUUUAUCGUAAGCCGCAAAUCGGAGCUGCCGCCGGGCACCAUCACAACAUGAGCGAGAUGGAGCCGUACGACGAGCGUUACGAUGAUUACUAUAACAUGCCGCCACCUGCCGCCCAUCCAUCGCAAGGGCAUCACAUGCAGAGAUCCCGCUCGGCUCCACGUUAUCCCCACGAGCGGCCUCCAGCCGCUCAGGAUCCCCAUUAUUAUGGUCACUAUGGAACCUCAAGGGGUCAUAGUCAGCCUCGUCAGCAGUAUCCGCCACCUCCUCCCCAGCAGCAGCAGCUGUAUUACGAUGAUCAUGGCAUGGAGAUGGCGCCUCCACCGCCACUGCCGCCGCACAAGAAGAAGAAAUCGGUGCUCAAGAGCCCGCUGGUGGCCCUCAAGAAUGCCCUGCUGAAGAGCACGAGGCCACUGAGGAGGAUGAACAGUAUGGUGGAGCCGGAGAGGAAGCCCAAGGGUCUGCGCCGCCAGCAAUCGAUGUUGGAGCGCGGCGUUCAGAGACCCUACUAUCCGGAUGAGUAUCCCACCUAUCCGGCUGGCUUUGAGGAGCGUUCCCAUGGCCAUGGUCAUCCACCUCAUCCGCAGGAUCCUUACUAUCAACGGGGUAAUGGUCACUAUGCGCAGCAGCAGCAGGAGAUGAUGAAUAGCACCUACCAGAACCUGGAGAGCGAGGAUAUCUAUGGGAACAUUGCCAACACAGCUCCUCGGAUGCCGCCGCAUCACCAGGACAAUGGCUACGGCUAUGACCAGUAUGAUCUCUAUGCGAAUCGCGCUUGCAUCGAUCUCGAGAGGAGGCAGGCAGAAGCGGCGGCGGCAGCAGCGGCCUCUGGCGGCAGGAAUGGUAGGAGAAUCGUGAGGCGUCACAGCACCACGACAGCGGAUCGAGGAGGAUAUCCCGGAAGGAGACCCAUGAUCAGUAGUAGUCCCGGCUACGAGCAGGAUCCCCAGGAGAUCUAUCAGACGCGCAAUGGAGCCUACAUGCUGCCCGAUCAGCGGAGGGCACCCAAUUCCGAGGUGAUGACCCGCCGGAGAUUCUAUCCUGGCGCCGCCAAUGAGCAGACCGAGGAGGAGCCGCUCUAUCAGUCACGUCGCGAAAUGCAGCGGGAGAUGCAGCGGAACCAUCUGUACCAGUCGAAGCGCGAAAUGCAGGAGAGGAUUAGCCAGGGCAAGCGGGACAUGGAGCGGGAGUUUAGCCCGCAGAGCAGCAGCAGCCAGUCGGAGGCCUCCAAUCCGGAGGCGAUAUACCAGAGUCGCCGGGAGGCGAAGGCCCAGCUGAGGGAACAGAUCUAUCAGACGAGGCGGGAGGCCCUGGACAGCAUGGCGGAGCCUAUCUAUGUGUCCAAGAGGGACACUGGCCGACCGGCGCCCAUCUAUGAGACCCGCGAAGAGAGCAUCCUGCAGUCGCGUGAGAAUGAAACGGAUGAGAAGAAGGAAAAGGAGGGCAAAUCGGAGCAGAUUCAAGUGGAGAUUAAUGCUCAGCCGGAGGAUCAGGUAGAGGAUUCAACUCUAAGUCGUUCGGAUUUACAGAAAUCUUCGGAUACGGUGAUAGAAAAUCCGGCAAGGGCUCCUCUGGUUCAGAAUGAAGUGGAUGAGGAUGAUGAUCAAGAGGAGGAGAGCUCUGCCGACCAGACGGAGCAGCCCACGGCCAUUGAGAACAAUCAGCACAACGAGGGAAUGCUGGCCAGUGAGACUCAAAACGAGUCGGAUGAUGUUUUCGAGGCACAAGAUCAGGUUACCCCGCUGGCAGCUCCGCCGGCGCCUGUCCAACCGCCGACUCCUCGAUCCGGCCGAGCUCCCUUCCACAUCUCCAACAUCCUGAAGCGAACGGCUCCGCCGCCGAGUUCGCCCAUCGGCGACAGUUGCACCUCCAUCGAGACGCAGUACACAUCGCAGGCCAGCCUGCCGGUGGGUCCUCCGAAUGCCACCAGUACGCCGUUUAGCAGCAGCAUGUCACUGCCCAUCGCGGGGCCAGUGAAUAACGCAGCUGCUACUCCUCCUUCGGGACCCGGACCCUUUCCCGCGUUGCCCCGUGAGCCCAGCACCUCGCGAGGAUUCUUUGACUCCAACGGCGGCACUCUGGCCGAUAAACUCUGGCACGUCUCCCUGCAAAUCCCACCCGGCGCCAUUCCAUCGGGAGUUCGGCAGGAGAUCUACUUCACCGUGAGCGAUCCCCGGAUGGGACAGGCCGUCGGCGGUCCUCCGUUGGACAUGGAAAAUGGUGAGACAAUGCUGUCACCGCUGGUGAUGUGCGGGCCGCAGGGCCUUGAGUUCCUCGUGCCGGUUACACUCAACAUACCGCACUGCGCCGGACGAACUGCGUCACUGGGACUGGCCCUCAAGGCGACCGACAGCGAGAAGAACCUGCACACCGAGUGGGACAACAUCGACCUGCCCAGCAAUGCCGCCGCCCACACGGUCUCCGUCAAGGUGGAUCACUUCUAAUCCCCAAGAUUCACACUACACUGCACUACCAUUCAUCCGAACGAAAUACGCAAUUGUAAAUAGAUCCAUAAUACCAUCUAAAAAUAUAGAUAUUCUUAAGGCCGCAAUUCCAGGGCAAACGAAAUGAGCUCAGAGUAGAGGUAGAGAUAGGCAUUGCUUAUAAUAUAAUUAAUUUAAUUCAAUAUUGUCUGUUAAUUGUGCCUUUGAGUGAUCGUUUGGCUCUGCCUUUGAACCACAAUGUCGAGCUAGAAAUUAAUCAAUCGAAUGCAAAGGAUAUUUGUAUAAAGCGACUAGAAUUUAGUUUCAUAAACAAAUUAUUUUGUAUAUUUUAAAGCAACCAAUUACUAUGUAUUUUAUCUAUUUACAUACCUAAUUUUAAUGCAUUUUAAAUGAUAUAUUCGACAUUUUAUUAGAUAUUCGCAUAUUGUUUCGACCCAUGAUCCAUUUCAAUUGCAUUCAAAUUGUUAAUUGCGUGCAAGUAUUGCAUGCAACAGUUAUUAUAUAUACCAUAAACAUUUAUAAAUCGUAGCGAUAUCCUAGAGCCUAUACACGCGCCUGUAUAACCAGAAAGAAAAGCAUACUAUACAAAUAUUUAUACGCAUUUUUGUAUUAAACAAUAUACACACGUGGAAAGUUUGGGAAUAAAUAAAGAAGCAACAAUAAUAA